UGCGAGGAGCUAUGUCCAGCUGGCCAAGAAGGGUGGAGGGACGGACUGGACGUUAUUGCAGGCCAGUAGUCAAUGCCGCAAUGGACGCAGAUAGAUUCUGCAGUCCCACGGCGUCUGUUAUGUAUCACGGAUCUCACCGGAGGCAUCGUGGGUGCAACCUAUCCAGCUUUUCUUUCCCUCGAUAGCCAUGCCUUUCAUCGAUACCGUCCAAGCUCGGGACGAAGAAAAGCCACAAGGUCAAUCAAUGGUGUUCAAAGUGACACAUUGAAGGCACCAGAUGGUCUUGCAGCCAAUUCCAAGCCUCUAGACAUAGAUGAGAAUUCAGAAGCGUGUUCCUUGCCACAAUUGCACUAGUUACUUCGCAGAGUAUUUGGCAUGCAGCAGCGUGGAUUCCAGGUUGGAGGUGCGUUGAUCUAUCGUUGUACUUGCUAUGUAUUCGGGAUGGGCUUCGAUGUUUUAACGGUUUUCGCUGGUCUCUUCUCUGCUGUCGUCACUACAUUUGUUGCCCAGACGUCACAGAGCCUUCAAGUCGACUACGGCCAGGUCACGGCGUCGCUUCUUUUCGAGCUCACCGACAUCCAACGUGCGGCGGUCAAUGGUUCCCUUCUUCCAACACGUGGGUAAAUGACUGUCGUUCACCAGUCUCUCGUUCAGCCCCACUACCACACUGUUUGCUGUCUUAACGAAACAGUGGAUCCAUCAGUACAUGACUGUCCCAUCUGGCAGGCCUCGGGACAGAUGUCGGGUCCAUCAUUUUCGAUAUAUGGACCCGGACAGGUUAAACUGUGAUACCACCUUCGAGAUUUGCAAUCUUGUACAAGCUCAGUUAAUGACUUUGAAUCAGAAAAUAAUUGGCUUCGUCUGCAGACUAUUGUAUGGGGCUAUCUGCUCAAGAGGCUUCUACUGAAGUUGGCUUCAGACCAUGGUCUGAUUCAAGUUUUGUUCCG